AUGACUACGGAUUCCAUCGCGGGCCUUUACGCUGGCCGUCUGGUUAUCGGACUGGGCAACGGAUUUUUGAUGACUUUCUCGCAGCUGUACAUUCAGGAAUGCUCACCAGCUCGAUACCGUGGGCUCAUGUUAGGCAUGUUUCAAUUCUGGACUUCCUUCGGCUCCUUGCUCGGAACAAUUAUCGACAAUUUCACCGCGAAAAUAGAUGGAAAAAACAGCUAUAUUAUUCCGUUGGGUCUGAUAUUUAUCAUACCUGCAUUCCUAUGUAUCGGAAUGCUUUUCAUUCCUGAAUCGCCCCGAUGGUUACUGCAGCAUAACAAGGAAGAAAAAGCUCGCAAGGCACUGGUAUGGCUGAGGCCCGACCAGGAAACAGUUGAAAAAGAGAUGCAGGAGAUAAAUGACGCGAUAAAAUUGGAGAUGGACUUGGCUAGUGGUGUGUCGGUUUGGGAUAUGUUCUCGAAUCCAGUCGAUCGCCGGAGGACGUUAUUGUCUGUCGCGGCUGUGAGUACGCAAGCAGCUUCUGGCGCAAUGUUUAUGAUUGCUUACGGAACAUACUUCUUUGAAAUGGCGAAUGUCGGAAACGCGUUCGAGAACAGCUGCAUAUUAACUGCGCUCGGCGUCGUGGCCAUCAUGAUCAACAUUGCAGUCAUCACCAAGAUUGGAAGCAGGAGACUUUUCUUGACAGUUGGUCUCAUCAUUUGCGGUUUUAGCCAGUUGAUUAUCGCGGCGCUGUAUACUGUUCAUCCGGGUACUCAGGCAACGGGCAAGGCAAUUGUUGGGCUGUCCGUCAUCUUCAUUUUUGGAUACAAUGGAAUGAUUUCAACAUAUGCAUGGGUAUCUGGUGGAGAGCUUCCUUCUCAGCGCCUUCGAUCAUACACAUUCGGCUUUGCGGCAGCUAUUGGUUUCCUCGGAGCAUGGCUAUGCACAUUUACCGCUCCGUAUUUUAUCAAUCCCGACUCGCUCAACUGGGGACCAAAAUACGGCUACAUCUGGUUCCCGUCCUGCCUCAUCGCUGCGGCAUUUAUCUACUUUUAUCUGCCAGAGGUAAAAGGCCGCACACUCGAAGAGAUUGAUGAAAUGUUUGCUGGAUACAAAUGCGUUGGCUCUGCCAAUUUGGAAACGACUCUUAAAGAUACAGGUAGUCCAAGUGAGAGUGCCGGCCCAAGGGUCUCUGGAGAUUCGGAAAAGGCUACCGCAGAGACAGUUGAGAAUAAGGCAUGA